GGUUACUUCACUCAGAGAAACGCUUUGACUUUUAACAGCCUUAUUAAACCAUCGCCGUGUCGUUUUUGUCGCAUCUUUUGCCAAAAGGAGACUGGAUAUCAUUCACAGUUUGUGCAGGAGAUAUCUAACGUUAGCCAUACCUGCCCCAUCCCUGUGAGCGCGUGUCUGUUCUCAGGAGAGUGAAGGAGUCUGACGUGCACAGCCAAUUGUGGUGAGUUCGGGCCUUUGUCGAAGAAACAUGACACGAGCGUUGGUGUAUGUUGGUUUGCUGAUAGCCAUAAUGGCUGCUGCGGAUGCAAGGCCUCAAUCAGCUGAACCCAAAUGUAAAUCCGGCCCGGUCGACCUUGUGUUCAUCAUCGAUGGCUCUCGCAGCGUCCGUCCCCACGAGUUCGAGACCAUGCGCAAGUUCAUGAUAGACAUCAUCAAUGAACUGGACAUCGGCCUGGAAACUACAAGAGUCGGCGUAGUCCAAUACUCCAGCCAAGUCCAGAGCGUGUUUUCCCUCAAAUCCUUCAGCAAGCCAGCGCAGAUGGUCAAAUCCAUCAACGAGAUCAUUCCAUUGGCCCAGGGCACCAUGACCGGCCUGGCCAUCCGUUACGCCAUGAAUGUGGCGUUCUCCCCUGAACAAGGCGCCCGUCGUAACGUUCCCCAUGUAGCGGUCAUUGUGACGGACGGUCGCCCUCAGGACCGUGUGGCUGAGGUGGCUGGCGCCGCGAGAGAGUCCGGCAUCGAGAUUUACGCCAUCGGUGUCGCCAGGGCUGAUAUGACAUCACUCAGAGCGAUGGCCUCUCCGCCGUUUGAGGAUCACGUGUUCCAUGUGGAGAGCUUUGACUUGAUUCAUCAGUUUGGGCUGCAGUUCCAAGACAAGCUUUGUGGGAUGGACUUGUGUCUCGAGUCGGAUCAUGGCUGUAACCACAUCUGCGAAAGCUCUCCUGGUUCCUAUCAGUGUCUCUGUCUUCCUGGAUACACGCUGAACGAGGACGGCAAGACCUGCACACCCAUCGAUCUAUGUGCAGAACAGAAACACGACUGCCAACAGAUCUGCAUCGCUUCACCUGGAUCCUUCACGUGCGACUGCCACACGGGAUACACGCUCAACGAUGACAAAAAGACCUGCAAAAUGAUCGAUUACUGCUCAUUUGGGAAUGACACCUGUGAACAGCAGUGUGUCAGUGUACUCAAUGGCGUUAACUGCAAAUGUAAUGAAGGAUACACACUCAAUGAUGACCUAAAGACGUGCACAAUGAUCGACUACUGCUCAUUUGGGAACGACAGCUGCGAACACGAGUGUGUCAGCAUACUUCAAAGCUUUUACUGUCUCUGUCGUGAUGGAUACACGCUCAAUGAGGAUGAAACAUCAUGCACAAUGAUCGAUUACUGCUCAUUUGGGAACGACAGCUGUGAGCAUCAGUGUGUCAGUGUACUCAAUGGCUUUAACUGCCAGUGUAAGGAAGGAUACUCGCUCAACGAUGACCUGAAGACCUGCAAAAUGAUCGAUUACUGCUCAUUUGGGAAUGACAGCUGUGAGCAUCAGUGUGUCAGUGUGCUCAGUGGCUUUUAUUGCCAAUGUAAUGAAGGAUACUCGCUCAACGAAGACAUGAAGACCUGCACAAUGAUCGAUUACUGCUCAUUUGGGAAUGACAGCUGUGAGCAUCAGUGUGUCAGUGUGCUCAAUGGCUUUAACUGCCAGUGUAAUGAAGGAUACUCGCUCAACGAUGACCUGAAGACCUGCACAAUGAUCGAUUACUGCUCAUUUGGGAAUGACAGCUGUGAGCAUCAGUGUGUCAGUGUGCUCAGUGGCUUUUAUUGCCAAUGUAAUGAAGGAUAUGCGCUCAAUGAUGACAAGAAGACCUGCACAAUGAUCGAUUACUGCUCAUUUGGGAAUGACAGCUGUGAGCAUCAGUGUGUCAGUGUGCUCAAAGGUUUUCAUUGCCAGUGUAAUGAAGGAUACUCGCUCAAUGACGACAAGAAGACCUGCACAAUGAUCGAUUACUGCUCAUUUGGGAACGACAGCUGUGAGCAUCAGUGUGUCAGUGUACUCAAUGGCUUUUACUGUCAAUGUAAUGAAGGAUACACACUCAACGAUGACAAGAAGACCUGCACAAUGAUCGACUACUGCUCCUUUGGCAAUCACAGUUGUGAUCAUAAGUGUGUUGGUGUGCUCAAUGGCUUCUACUGUAUCUGCAAUGAAGGAUACACUCUACAGAAGAAUGGAAAGACCUGCCAAUCGGAUAACUUGUGCAACACGGUUGAACACGGUUGCGAGUAUCAGUGUGUGAGCACUCCCGGACAAUACCACUGCAUCUGUCCCGAGGGUCAUGUGCUUCAGGACGAUGGCAAGACCUGCGGAACCUGCCGAUCUUCCAACAUCGACCUGGUCCUCCUCAUCGAUGGCUCCAAAAGCGUACGGCCAAAUAAUUUCGAGCUCGUCAAGCAGUUCGUGAACCAGGUGGUAGAUCAGCUGGACGUGUCUCCCAAAGGCACACGCGUGGGGCUCGUCCAGUAUUCAAGCCGGGUGCGGACGGAGUUCCCGCUCAGCAUGUACCAGACGAAGGAAGAAAUCAAGAAGGCCGUGAUGAACGUGGAGUACAUGGAGAAGGGAACCAUGACAGGCCUCUCUCUCAAACACAUGGUGGAAAACAGCUUCUCUGAGACAGAGGGAGCCCGUCCCGCCAACAAGAACAUCCCUAGGGUCGGUCUGGUCUUUACUGACGGCCGCUCGCAGGAUGACAUCACAGAGUGGGCCAAGAAGGCGAAGGAAGCAGGAAUCACCAUGUAUGCCGUUGGUGUUGGCAAAGCCAUAGAGGAUGAACUGCGAGUCAUUGCUUCAGAUCCUGUUGAAAAACACUUCUUCUACUCAGCCGACUUCACUGCCAUUAGCCAGAUCGCAGAAAAUCUCAAAUUCAAUGUCUGCGCAGCUGAGAGUCAGGGGGAGAUCGAAGUGAAAGACCCCUGCGCUUGUGAAACUCUUGUAGAGUUUCAACAGGCAACCAUGUCAACUUUGGACCAACUCAAUCAGAAAAUGUCAGCUAUGACCAAACGAUUGGAGGUUCUGGAGAACCAGUUGCUCACAAAAAAAUGAUUCAGCACCAGAGAACAUCGCGGAUGGAAGGGUCCUGUUGGGUGUGAAGGGUCCCACAAUGAAACCAAAGUUGUUCAGGUGUAGACGCCUGAGACAUGAGGCUAAUAAUCCUGUGCCAUUUUUUUCUAUUUAAAAAUGAUCUGUGUGGUAAGGUUAAUGGAAAGGUUUGUAUUUAAGGUAAAUUUUAUAUUAGGAUUUAUAUGCUCAAAAGGGAAAUGAAGUGUUAUAUUGGAACCACUCCUGAAUACUGUAAUGUCAUCCCCAUUGCAUUUACGGUUAUCUUGGUUUUGCAGCGAUACAAAGUAAUGCAUAAAAUAUGUAAAUAUGUGGAUUUAUAUAACUGGGGCUUGUUGUUUCGUGUUGCAGUUUCAUAAUAUUUUUUUUAUAAAAUAAUAGGCAUUCAUUUGAUAAAUCACAGUAAAUAUAGUGAAGCCGGGAGACACCAACAGUGAAAUGAAACAGCAGAUAUUAACAGUUAUUAAAAGUUGUUGCCUCUCAAUGUUUUGCAUGAAUAUUGAAAAUUUGUUGAUGUUAGAUGGGACUGCAAACAGAACGGUUUGUGUACACUAAACAAUAAAAAGGAAAGAGGGUGAUUCUAUGUACAAGUGCCCCUUGAGAUUGCAGUUUAUUAUUGAAAUGUAAAACACAGAAUCCAGUUCAGAUACCUCAGAGUUCUGUGGCCUCAGGUUCUUUGUUUUAGUUUUUAUACAUUUUUGCAGAAUAGGCCCCAUUAAAAGGCUUUUAUAUGUGAAUUCUUAUACUUUUGG